GCAUUUCCUGCCAGGUACUGAGGCAGAAAAGACUGAUCUAGUAGCAAAGUGGGCUAGUGAUUGGGUAAAUGCUAGUUAGCAAUUGUCCAAACUAAUCUAACAAUUCUUUUCCUAGAAUGGUUUGUGAUAUAGACAAAAGACAGGAAUUUAUAGCGUAAGUUAUCUACAUUCGCGUUAGUGGAAACAUUUGCUGUGCAAUUGUGCCAAUAUUGGAAGGCUCACAACUAAAAUCGAAUAAAAACGAUUGAGUGAACCAGUGUGUAUUACUACAGUCAAAAUGCCAUCACAGAGCGGGCGUCGUGGCGGUGCAGAGGAAGGCGAACAAAAGAAUAAUUCUGGCUAUAUUGCAUUAGGAGGCGUAGCUGUCGUGAUUCUGUAUCUGGCCUUCGGAUAUGGAGCUCAGAUCCUCUGUAACGUCAUUGGAGUUGCCUAUCCUGCAUACAUCUCGAUGAAAGCCAUCGAAACACGCACCAAGGAAGAUGAUACGAAAUGGUUGACUUACUGGGUGACUUUCGGCGUGUUGUCAGUGUUCGAACACUUUUCUUUCUUCCUGGUUCAAAUCAUCCCAUUCUACUGGCUUCUGAAGUGCUUAUUCCACAUCUGGUGUAUGGCCCCGAUGGAGAACAAUGGUUCCACGAUCAUGUACCACAAAGUUAUUCAGCCGUACUUCAAGAAAUACGAAAAAGUUGCCGACGAUUUCAUCAGUGACACCACGGACAAGCUGAAACAAACGGCUGGUGAAAUGAUCUCUAAAGUCAAAUCCACCUAAAUUGCAUAUAAUGCAUAUCUCUCAGCAAACACUAACAUCCACAUACACGUAGCUAUAAAGAAUCCUGCCGACCUCUGACCCCUGCGAUGACGGACAAUAGAAUUUUGCGACAAUAGGAAUUUUGUUAGCAAAUGGACGUACAACGGGGUUCAACAGAGACAACAAAGAAAUUAUAUACGUCAUUUGCCAUCGUGAAACAUUUUGUUUUGAUUAAAUUUGCACAUGAGAACGACAUAUUUCCAGUUUGUUUUUCGAUAAGGAACUGGGACGAUAGCUUCGGUUGAGUUGGCUUGUAAUUUAAUUUUUGAAUUGUAUAAAUGAUUUUAUUCUUUCCGUCUCUAAAUUUAUCCUUUUUUCAUACGAACGCAUUAGAUAUAUUCUUGUGCACCUGCGAAAAUAGAACGAAGAGAGAAUGAAGAAAGCGAGUGAAGAUGCAUGCGCGAGAAAAAAAGAAAAUGUAGUAUCUUAGCAAGUAAUUAGAGAAACAAUGAAAUGGAAUGGGAACAAAUUUCCGAGAAGAAAUCUACAUAUGCAUUGUUUUUUUCUUUUUCUAUUUGAGCCGAAAUUUCACAGCCAUGUGAACCAUGAUGAGGUAUUUUAAUAGAAGCGCUGGUUUCACAUUUCAACAUUUAAUAGAUGGUAAUGGUGAAUCGUUUUUCAAAAAUUAAAAAAUUCUUCAUAA